ACAUCAGCACCAGUGUUCGUCAGUUUGAUAUUUACCUGUUUUCUGUGUGUUUGUUGGAAGUAGAUUGCUCCGCACCGAAAGGUUUGAAUAGCAAGUGCGAUUAUUUAUCUGAAGGAGUGCCCAACAUUUCGGAGAGAUUUUCAAUUAAAAUAGCGACCGGUGUCGUUUCGGAGUAUAGCCCGACUAGUGUAUGAUUUAUGAUAAGCCGAUUUCGAUGGAUUCAAGCAACAGCAAUGUCACAAAUGUUAACAAUAGCACCAGUAACAACCCCAAGCAGGACUCAAAGACGACAGACCCUGGUGGAGGAUCUCCGAUAGAUGAAUCCAACCCACCCACUGGUGUAGUUGCGUCAGAUACCCAGAUAUUGGUAGCAAACGCAAUCCCGAAAGCAGCACCGACAGCGAGUGCUUCCAACACCAUCACCACCACUACCGCCACCAAGCCAAUUUCGCACAAACUCAACGAUAUAAAUCUGCAACAAAUUCCAACCGAGGAACUGCUCGGAUCGGUGACUACGUUUUACCCGAGCGGUGAUGCUGAAUGUGGACAUGCACUGCGGACCAGCGCCAGAGUUAUUCAUAAAAUGCGAAUGGAUUCAAUCCGCGGCAGUACGCCACCACCACAGGACAGGAAAGAUGGAGGCACUGGCAGUGCCGGUGGUGGAAAGAUUGGAUCUGCCAGUGGAGCAGGGAGUCUUGCAAAAACUCCUAAUCAACAGAAACAAGUUCGAAUGGUUUGGAGUAACCAGGACAAGAAUUUGUUUUUCGAGGCGCUCAACGAGUGCGGAAAGGAUUUCGAAGGAAUUGUGAACUAUUUGAACACGAAGAAAAGACGAAAGGAUAUUAACAGUGAGCAUGCUUUCAAGGUAAAGGAUGUACGCCAUUUGUACUAUCAGUUCAAUCAAAAGGUUUCCAAGUAUUUGCACUUUUCUGAUGAAGUUAAAAAGGAAGCACAGGAGUUGUAUGGUCUAAUUAACUACGGAGAAAUGAGGAAGAAGGCUCCCUUCCAAAACAAAAAAUACUUUCACAAACUAAAGGACUUGGUGUACAAGGGUUGGACAACGAUUCGCGAAAAAGGUAGAAAUAUUCGGAUUAAAACUCCUUCGUGCCGAGCAUUGCGCAAGAUUAAUCAGCUGGAAGAGUGGCAGGAGGAAAUUAAGCUUCCACCGAGGGUGGAUGUGAUUCUGAAGCCUGCCACAGUUGGUGCCUGGGGACGCGUUCAGUCGCUAGCUCAAAAUCCCCGGGUCAGAACAUCGGUGACUCUGCAGAAGCGCCUAUCAACUUUGUUGCAAUUACUGCAACAAAAAUGGCGACACCAGGAUAUUCGUCUGGGGGAACGAAUCUCAGGCUUGAAAGCAACUAGUGCUAACAUAACGUCGAAGACAUCCCGUCAGAAGGCGCAGCACGAGCUCGAGCUGUGCACCAAAAUGACUGAGGAUGCAAGGAACGGCGAAAGUCAGAAAAUAUUGUGCUUCACCCCCUCAAAGGAAGCUGUAAUUCAUCGGCCAAUGAUUAAUUUAGCAGAAUUUCUUAGCAGUUACAGCAUUUGUUUGAAUUCAUACGAGCAAAGAAUUGGAGCUAAAGUUCGCGGGGAGGUGCUUUGCGCGGAAAAGUUGCACAGUUUCAAAGAGCGAAUGGGUGCUAGCUCGAAACGACAACGACACGAUAGUGGCUCCGAGAAGCACAGUCCUGAUGGCAAGAAAGUUAAAUCUGAUGUAAAAGAUAUUAAAGAGGAGAAAGUAGGGGACUGUGUACCGGCGGUUAAUUUUGUUGAGGUAUUCAAGUCUCCCAACGCAUCUAAUGAAUCAAUCGACCUGCACAUUGAAAGCAGUGAUGGUGAGGGUCAACCGUUGACCAGACCAUGUGUAGUGCUGGUAAAAGCACCAGAAACAGAUAUAUUUUCCGAUGAUGCUGAUUUGAAAAGCCCGGAAUCGAAUGACUCAAUGAAGUUUCCUGGUUUAAGUAAGCUAAAGGAGGAAUUGGAUCCGGUGGGCUGCUCCACAGGAGGUGAAAACUCGAAUGAUGGUGCUGUGUCAGAAUGCGACCAGCCUAAACCGUUGAAAAUGGAAGAAGUGGGAGAAUCCACUGCUAGUGAAGAUCUUAUAAAAACUACUGUCAAACGAAAGGAAUCAAAGGAAAGAUGUGGUAAAAGGAAGGAUUCAAAAGCCGGAAUCGCAGGAUUAAAUAGUUUGCACUUUCGACCACUCAUUUCUGAAGAAACUAUUCAAAAGAUCAGAGAAGGGUGGACAUCGCAGAACGUGGGAGAUUUGACAGUAGGAGACUUGUACAUUAUGUUUGGAGAAGAGAAUAAGUUGUUUUUAGAAUACUGUUGGGUAAAGCCGAAGGAAAAUGCAUCGAACGCUUCAGAAGGAUCCCUUCCGGAAGAUAACAUGCAUGAAGCAUCCUGCAGCAAUGCCACCGCCAACGUAAAUGUCGACACGACCAAAUCCAUAACUUAUGACGAGAUUAAUUUAAGUGAACGACUGAAGCAAUUGCUACAGAUUGCCAACCUCAAUGAAAAGACUGGCAAACGAAGAUGCCCCUGUGGGCAUGUUUGCGACAGGAGAACUAAGAUCAUUGAUCCUCUCACCAGUGCUUCCAACUUGAACGAUAAUCUUUUGUUCAAGCAGCCGAUGGUUCCAAUGCGCAACAACCCCAUUGCCACUUUGGCCAACUGUAACGUACUGCCUCCUCAGCAAAUGCGCUACAAGCAAUCCCGCUGGUGGCGGAUGCGAGUCAAUCGGCAACAGGUGCCGUCUCAACGAGUGAUGCUAUCACCCAAUGGGUUUCCGUGCGCUCCGCUGAGUAGAACCAACAAUAAUAAUUAUCCAGGCCUUACUAAACUAGUACCUGAACCGGUCACAUCAAUGGUUUCUUCUACUCAAAAUUAUCAAGUGGCCAGCAGCAGCAAUGGCAGUAAAUGUACCAUUGCUACUGCCAGCAGUAGUUGUAGUCGGCCGGAAAAUGAUGACGAUCAGGUAACAAAGUUACUGGAAGAUAAGAUCAGCAGUUUCAGCAGUGCUAGCCAAAAGCCUACCAUCAUGGGUAAAUCGGUGUCAAACGCUACAGACGACAGCUGCCUUAGCCUAUUUGAUGUUUCGCUUCCUUCUACCUCUUCAACGCUGAUUGCGGAUCUGAUGAGUGGAUCUGAAGUUUCUGGUAGUGAACAGUUCGAUGACGGGGAAAGUAGUUGCAGUACGACGCUGUCCGCUACACGAAUCCUCAGAGAAUCACCUGUCGAUGGCAGACUUAUCGAAACGGAUAUAAAUGAUAUUUCAUUGAGUAGUUUUCUUGGACACCUAGAUGCAGUCUAUGAGAGCGAAGCAGUCACUAGAAAAAGAGAUUCCGACAUGAACAUCAGUAUUAUCAGCGAAUCCAGUGUGGACUACAUUGCACGCUUCGAAGAUAUUGCAGCGCAGCUCCGUGCCCAACAGGAGCAAGAUUCGGUCUAGAUCGAAUAUUACGGGCAAAGACGACAGGGAUUUUUCUCGAAUCCAGCACACUGUAAACCAUAAAAGCUUUACUCCAGGAACUAAGCGAAGUUCUUUGGAACCGAAAUUUAACUCUCGUGAUCGAUAUAAUUGACGUAAUUUUAUCACUUUUUCCGAAUACUGUAAGGCAAGUGUUAAUUGAAUGUCUCGUUUUUCGUACGGAAUAAUUGUAGCGUUUUAGCUGGCACAACUAACGGGACAUCUGUUGAUUUUUUAAUUAUAAUCUUCGCAGCUUCAGUAGCUCAUUUUGUUGAAAUGUUGCCUUGCAUAUCUUGAACUUGACUCUUAGCGUUGGUUGAUUUUUUAAUAUUAUUUAUUCAUGUUACCUUUCUCAAUGGACAUUGUAAUUUUGCGACGUUGAAGUAGAUACAAUCAAAAUCUGUAUGAUUCCUCGAACUGAAAUUUAAUGGAAAUAUAUAAUUUACUUUCGUUUGAA